AUGGCGACAGAUUCUUCUUGUGAGGAUAAAAUCAAACGAGCUAUAAAGAAACAAGACGCGGAAACUAUUCUCCGUUUGUGUGACGAUAGUUCUUACAGAACAAGUAUUCUAAACUUCAGAAAAGAUGGAAUGCGAUUAGUUCAAUUUGCAGCUCAGGUCGGUUCUGUGAUAUUACUUGAAAAAUUACGUAGCAUUGAUUCUAAUUUAACUGUUCUAAGUCAUGAUGCAGAUGAAUAUCAUAAAGGUGGACAAUAUACUACUCUACAUAUUGCAUGUAAAUGUGGUCACAUCGAAGUCGUCAAAUAUUUGCUUCAAAAUGUUCAAGAUGUUUCCUUCCAGAAAAUAGCAACGAAUCAAGGUAAAGAUAAAAGUUACAGAAAUGCAUUUUACUAUGCAGCACAGUCAGGAAGUGUUGAGAUAGUGAAAUGUCUUCAAACGCUGGGUAAACUAGACAUAAAUGAAAUUUUACAGCAUAAUAGAACAACUCUAUCUGUAGUUGUUGCAGAAAAUGAUUCUGCAAGUGCACAAAUCUUAUGUGAAUGUGGUGCAAAUGUGAAUCUAGGAACGUUUGAACGAGGACUUAAACCUAUUCAGUAUAUAGUAGAAAAACCUGAUAGUGCUGAAAUUAUUAAAGUCUUAUUAAACUUUGGAGCAAAUGUAAAUGAACUCUGGGAAAAACAUUCGAGAAGAUCAUGGUUACGACAGUCUCCACUGUUUAUGGCACUUAAACACAGUUUGGCUGAAAAUGCUAAAGUUCUUAUAGAAGGCGGGGCGAACGUGUCUUUUGUAGGCCAAGCUGCGAAUUUGGGUUCAAUAAGUUGUUUUAGUUUGGCCGCAAAAAGAUGCCCAGCAUUAAUUCCGGAAUUUCUCAAACAUGGAGCCGAUCCAAACGAAUCAUUCAAUGGUCAAUCUUUGUUUAUGAUGGCCAUGGAUGAUUAUGCCUCCAAUGAUACGAUAAAAGCCUUUGUGGAAGCCGGAGCCGAUGUCAACCAAAUUAGAAAUGGAAAAACGCUCAUUCAAAGUUGUACAUGUUACGAUCAACUGAGGCCAUUUAUCGAAGGAGGAGUUUCUGUAAAGACAAUAGAAUCCAUUCAUAAGGUUUAUCCAAUAUCACUAGCUAUAGACAGAAGAUAUACCUCAGACACAAAGUCCUUAUCGGAUUUGUUAUCAAAAGGAGCCGAUCCAAAUUUUACGCCAGAUGGCAGAGAUCCCCCAUUAAUUGUGGCAACGAAGAAGGAUUUAUCAGAAGAUGUAGAAUGUCUAAUAAAAGGAGGUGCUCAUUUAGAUGCCGUUAGUACAGAUGGAGAUACUGCAAUUGUGGUGUGUUGUAAGAAAGUAUCGCAUUUCUGUUUUGAAACACUGAAUAUUUUGAUUGAGUCCGGUGCUUCACUAAAUAUAGCGAGCAAUGAGGGAGAAUAUCCUUUAGAAUUGUUGUCCAAACGAAUUGAAAUGCACAAACAUUCUAGUGCUACUCUGAUAAGACAUUUAUACGGAUCCCAAUCUUCACACAACGAAGAAAUAGAAAAUUGUGUCACUAAAAUGUUAGCCAAAGGAGCUAACCCAAAUAUUACAAGGAAGGGCAAACAUUCAGCUUUAAUCAUAGCAGUGCAAAAACAGUCAGAGGAUUUAGUUCAAAUAUUGUUGGAUGCUGGAGCAGAUAUUUUGCAUGUUGGUGAAAAUCAAAGAACAGCUUUAGAUCUAUGCUUUAUUCGAGCAUCGCAAAAAAUUAAUCCUUUAGGUUUUGCAUUUAAUUCAGGUUCAAGGUCCAUAAGAAAUACUAUUAUCAAAGUUUUCGUUGAUAAUCCAAAAUUGUACCUAACGUCAGAUCCAGCAGGUCCUCAACUUGUAGAUAUAAUGAUAGAAAAUGAUGUUGAAGAUUGGAUUGUAGAAUAUGCUGUGACGAGAGGCGUUGAUUCGAAUCGAGUCCUGAUGGGCGAAGGCUCUCCAUUGAUUAAAUCUAUAAAAAGAAGAAGAUACAAAAUAAGCUGUGUUCUCAUUCAAGCUGGUGCAGAUGUGAAAUAUGCAAAGUCUGAUGGAACGAAUGCUUUUGAUAUAUUUUCAGAAAGUUGCAAGAAUAUACAGAAAAGUCAAGACGCAAACAAAAAACAUCGUUCACAACUCAAACGUUCGAAUCCAAUAAUAACAGAAACUGACGAAGAUAGGGAUAAGCAAAUGUUGACAGAUUUAUUUAGAUGUUUUAUGGUUUCGGGUAUUGAGGUAAAUAAACCGACCACGCAUGGUAAAUAUCCGCUUCAAAUCCCAAUUUGGCUGAAUAGUUUCGAGAUGACCAAGUGGGUUCUAGAACAUGAUGCUGACGUUAAUAUUGUUGACGAUUUAAACGAUGCACCUUUGACAAUUGCGCUUGCAAAUGGAAACAUAGAUAUUGUACAACUUCUGCUUGAUUACAAGGCCAAUGUUAAUUUUACUGGACAUGUAAAAUCGGAGACUGAAAUUAAGGGUCAGGAAAGCAAGAACAAAGAUUGUAUCAAUGACAACGUUGAUGUUUCUUUGUUAACUAGAGUAAUACGUGGUCAUACAAAUACAAAAGAAGUACUUGUAAAGAUGCUAUUAAAAGCAGGUGCUGAUCCAAAUAUUGCUGUAAGAGGCGACGACUCACCGUUACUGCAUGCUGUUCGUACAAGAAACAUGGAAAUUGUGCGAACUCUCAUUGAAGCAGGUGCAGACGUGAAACAUGUUGGAUUGAAUAGUUAUACUGCUCUACAUGUUUAUUUUCAACAUGAUGGCGAAGACAGUAAGUAA